AUGGAGGCGAAGUGGAAGACAGGUAUUCGUCCAGUCGAAUGGCCUUCCAAGGAGAAAUACGAGGCGACGAAACGUCGUUUUUACAAGGAGGGCAAAUUUCAUCUCGCCAUCACCGGAAUUUCGGGAACGGGAAAAUCGUCUCUCAUCAAUGCCUUUCGAGGCAUUUGGGAUGGUGACUCUGGUGCUGCUAUGACCGAUAUCAUCGAAAGCACGUCGGUUGUCACUCCCUACCCUGAUCCGAAUCCUGCCAACCCUUUUAUUUGGUUCGACGUGCCAGGGUCGGGAACGCUCUCAUGCUCUGAUUGGACCUACUUCAAUGACCAGGGCCUUUACAUUUUCGACGCCAUCAUUGUUCUCUUCAACGACCGCUUCACUGCCACAGAUAUCGCUAUUCUGAAGAACUGCGAACGAUACAAUAUCCCGACGUAUAUCGUUCGUUCUAAAUCUGAUAUUCACAUUGAUAAUCUCAUGAAGAAGAAAAGGCGGGGAGCUGGCGCGAAGAAAGACCCUGCCAUGAUUCUUGACGAGGCACGCAAGGAGUACAUCGUGAGGACGCAGGAGAACGUCAGGUCGAAUUUGAUGAAGAACGAUCCUCCUAUCCGUUCCCAGCGGAUGUACGCUGUCUCCCGGGAUACAUUGACGAUGGUUGUGCGAGAGCAGCCGCUCGAAGAUAUGCUUGUGUUGAACGAGUACGAGCUUCUGAGAGACAUCCUUCAGGAUGCAUACUCGCGACGAUCUGAAAAAUCUUACGGUUCGAUGUCGGAUCUGAUGAAAAAGGCUGGCAUGGACAUUUUCGGAUUCUUUGCGAACUGA